GCGUGUGUGCGUGCGUGUGCGUGUGUGUGUGUGUGUGUGUGUGUGUGUGUGUGUGUGAGUGAGUGAAAGGGAGAUGAAUUGGAGUCAUCCAACUGGGUGUUUCCUUCCGAGUGGUUUUGAUCAGCAAUCCAUUAGGGGAUCAUGGAAACUUUUUUUUUUUUUUCUGGCUAAAAGGAUGAAAACUGAGUAAGUACACAGAACUUUGAACUUGAAACGGAACGAGACAAAUAUAAGCAAAACCCUGACAGCAACCAUGUUCAUUCAAACCGCUUAUUCCCUUUUUAUGUUAAAAGCCGUGAAUGCUUACAGGAAAGUGGGAAUUUAAAACUGAAUGAAGGGCAGCCUACAAAAGGCUGAAAGCAGGACUGCUUUAAAACCCGGAGGAAAAAUGAGGAACUGCUAAGGCAACCUGGCCUGCGUCCAGCUGUGCAACAGGCACUUUGGGUUUUAACCUAUUGCAUUCUUCAAGGCUGUUUUCAGACUCCAGAUUUACUUUGGUGUUGUUUUCUCUCUUCCUGUGAAGCUGAGGCAGAGUCGGACUCCUUUGCUGUGAGUUUAAGGAUGUUGUGAAAAUAAGGCAUUGCCGGAAGCAACGGUUUGGCAGCAGCACUCAGGUUAUUUGUUACAUCUAUUAUUAUUUUGAUGUCUUUUUUUAACCCUGGUCAGCUUCUUUUUGCUGUCAUCCAUGGAAGGGCUCUCAUUCACCGCCUCAGACUUUUGGGACCUAUGAUUCUUUGGCAUGACCCUUCGGAAAGUUCUUAAGCAGAGAUGGAGCAAACUUGAUUGGAGUUGUGGAAAAAGAGGACAGAUUUGUAUUUUUCAUGCUGACAAAAAAUAGCUGCUAUGACUUUUCUCGCAACGUGGACAGGGGCCAAGUGAAGUUGAACUGGUCAUGGUCUGUCGCCCAGUGCUCCCUUGUCGUCGGCGAUUUUGCCCCCGGCCCUUCUUGGUGGGCUUGGUUGUGGCCAUCUGUCUCUUCUACCAGACCCUGACCCUCCGAGGGACGAGGAAGCUCACAGCCGCUGUCCCUGGCGCUGCCCCACACACGUCCACUGAAAUCCAGGCAAGCAGAUGCAAGGAAGAAUUCUCACAGGACAAACAGUGCUUGCUUCUCUCUGGAGAUGCACAGGAAAUCAGAAAGAUUGAAGAAGCAAUUGAGACACACUUUGGUGGUCAUGGCCGAAGGGCCCUACUCUACAGUCCUGCCAACAGCAAAUCAGAGCUUCGGCUCCACCAGCACGUUCUCACGGAGCAUGGCUAUACGGUUGUCAUCGCUGAAGAAAGGCUCGAUGCUGGCCUUGGGCUGGGGCUGCUAGAACAAGGUGAUUCGGGCCCCUGGGAUCUGCUCAUUUGCUUGUCUUCUGGAAAAGCUGAUGGAAAACCCUGCAUGUCCAAGGAGGACAUGUGCCAGUUAAGUUUACAUCAAAAGGUAAACAUAUUACCAGAAAUACAGCAUCAGCUUUGCAGAAAGGAAGGAUUAUGUCAAAUAAUUAGAAGAUUUCCAGAGUUGCAACUUCCAGUGAGUCCCUCCGUAUGUCUGGAUCAGGGAAUACAAUUAAAGCCGAGCACUUCAAGUCACCUUUUAAAAACAGUGAAGCCACAUAUCUGGAAACCAGGGAACUGGAGACGUGAACAGCUGAAUCAAACAACAGUCCUUGCUCCACAUGAAACAAUCUUUAGAGCCGAAGAUCUAUCUGUGAUACUUAAAGCAUAUGUGUUGGUGACAUCGUUAACCCCUUUGCGUGCAUUCAUUCAUUCAACUGGCACGGUUUGGAAUCUACCAAAGAAAAAACGCUUCACUGUCAAGCUGCAAACAUUUUUUGAGACAUUCCUGAGGGCCAGUUCAUCUCUUCAGGCUUUUGAUAAUAUGAAGGAAGCAAUUAGCAAACUCUUGCUUGCAGCUGAAGUAUUCAGUGAAACAUCUACUCUGGGACCAAAGACCUUCAAUAGAUGCAGAUUAUGUUUUCAACUUUUAACUUUUGACAUUGGUUAUGGCAGUUUCAGGUACCCUGUAGUGCUCCAGGUACAUGAGCAUUUAAAUUUUCAAGAUAAUGAUAAUAUGGAUUUUGAGGACCAAAAUACAGAAGAAUUCCUUUUAAAAGAUACUUUCAAUUUUCUCUUCUCUAAUGAAUUAUCGCUUUCUGGGUUUUCUGAGAUAUUUCAGAGACUUUAUAGAUCAGAUGUGUUUAAGGGUGAAAACCAUCAAAAGGAACUAAAUCAAUGUCUGUCUUUAGAGGAAAUCAACUCAAUUUUCACUUUCAUAAAGGAACUUGGGAGUCUGGGACAAUUCCAACUGCUCUUCCCAUCUGCUACUCCUGGGAUUCAAUCUUUGGUGCGUGAAUUUUAUGAUAUGGCAAAUCCUACGGGAAAACCUGGCUCAGUCCUGACCCAAUACUGGUCUCUUUUAAAUAUAUUUGAACAAUUUCAGCUCAUGAAUAAAAAGGCACAGCUACAUCCACUGGAAUGGAAUUCUUUCACAGAGGAUGAGAACAUUGAAAAACCACAAGUGCCAUUUGAUGCAAUAGGAAAUAAAAAAGCUGCAGUUCCACAAAUUAUGAAUGACAAUAAAGAAAUACAUUGCAGUAAUGAUAAAGACACACCAUGUCAUAUUAAGCAGAUCUUCACACAUCCGCAUUUGGAGCUACGUCCUGAGUUUAAUCUGCAGAUCAAAGAUUAUUAUGCUGAAGUACCAUUUGAUGUGGUAACAGUGACAAUUGGAGUGGAGACUUCUAAGUGUCAGUGCAAGGUGCACCUGUAUGAGCAGGCUGGGCCGAGCUUUGCCAACUACCCUCUUGGGUUAGGAAUGAACAAAAUCUCAAUAUUUGUGGUGGAUGAAUCUCCAGCACAGAGUGAGACCCUGAUCACUUACAAACUCACCAUCUACAGAGAAGACCGCCCAAGUCUGCCCUUGUUUGAGGACUUCACAGCAUGUGGUUUUGUGCAGGAUUGUGGUUUGCUGAUUCACCCGGAGGAAACCUGUGGAUUACAACCUAUUUCUUCUGACUACAUUGAAGCCAUUUCACAGUCUGAGCUAAAGAGUUGUCCAUCUGGGGACAUAAAAGGCCAGUGGAUUGUGCCAUGCCUUAGCUGUUCAGACAACAGGACCUGUGACUGGAGAGAAAUAACUUGGCAGCCCCACAACUGCCAAUACGGUGUCCUAACUAAGCCUCAACUGCAGCAGUGCUUGGGAGGAAGGAAGAUUCUUUUCAUUGGAGAUUCAACCAACAGAGGGAUCAUGUACUAUCUGAUCGAAAGACUGAAUGAAACGUUGCAAGAAUGGCAGAAGGUGCAUGGCACUAAAUUCUAUCACGUCAACGGUGGGAAGACUGUUAUCAGUUAUUCCUACUAUCCCCAGUUCUGGAUAAGCCCUUCAUUGAGACCAACAUUUGAAGAAGCCCUUGAGCAUCUCUUACAAAGAUCACGCCCCCUAGAGAAUACUGGCCAGACUGUACUGGUUGUUGGUGGUGUUCAGUGGCUUAAUUCCAAUCACCUGCAAAUUAUUCACAAGGUUUUGAAGAGGGAAAAGUUACUCAAUAUCCUAGUGAUCGUCAAAACUUUGGGAAUUGGAUUUCAUCUGCCAGUGGAUGGAGUGCAUUUCCUAACACAGAGUGAAGUACAGAAUUUAUGGAAAGAAAAUUUGAUUAUUCUGGAUACUGCAAAAAAGUAUGGCUAUGAAGUAGUUGACACGUUCACUAUAACAAUGGGACGAUACAAAGAGUUUCUGCAGGGGAAGUGUGCAUGUCAUUUCCAUGAGGUAGUGAAAUCAAACUUAGCCAAAGAACAUCACAUUAUUAAAAUGAAAAGAUCAAGGAAUCAUGUUGUGGGAAAAUAUUUCAGCCACCAAAGCAAACAACAAGACUCUGUAACAAGCUUUCAAUCACCGUAUCAUGUCAGAGGUCCUAUAAAUCAGGUUUGUUCUGAAAUCCUUCUCAGCAGGAUGUGUGCGAGAAAAAGACCUAUGUAGGCUCUCUGCAGAAGAACUGAAUUCAGGGUUGGAGACAAGGCGCUCACCUGGGCAAUGGUCUAGGAGCCAAACCUUGUGCAUCACAUGCCUUUUGGAUUGAUCACACACACUCGUGCACACUGACACAGAUGCACACACCAAUGCACACAUAGCUAAAAUGAAGUAGUAAUAACACAUUUUCUUACAGCUUUAUAAAGUUAAGGUGUGAACUUCAACACCAGUUCAUUUCUGAGUGUAAGACAGACCUAGAAAAAGGUUACUUGAAGUAUAAUUAUAAACCAGAACCACUGUGGGCCAGGUAUUGCAUUGUAUUAAUAAAUAGAAAUAAAGACACUUGAAUUAUGUGGAAAACAGGAUAGCGCUCUUUAGUUUUGUUACCAUCUCCAUAGGUAUGUCAGUAUUCAAAGACGGAAAAAGCAAUUACAUUCCAUUUGCAGGUAGAGGUUGUGCUUAUGUUCCUUACCAGGAGAAAAUGUGGCGUUUAUGAUGGUGUAGGCUUGGUGAAUCUAACGCUUAUGAAAAACAUUUUUCCUAUGCUUUUUAAAUUUGAUUACUGAAAGGAAAAGAACAGGAAUGCUCCACAAGGGAAUUCGAAGAGAUGCUAUGAGAGAGAUAUAAAGUAAAAUAUUUUUUAGUUAAAACACCAAUAUAUUUAACUCUGCACUCUUUGUGUUUACUAUAAACAUUCUCUCCUGGUCCUGUCUGUGAAUUUGGAUGGGUAAGUGCAGUCUAAAUUGAAGAAACCCAAAGUUUUAAAGUGAGGGACAAAAUAUAGUUCCUCGUGUAUUACUUUAGUAUGUUUCGUUGAUCAUAUUACUUGGCUUUUUUUUUUGCCAUUAUAAUUCUAUGUAACUUAAAAUUACAAUUACAUUGUAUGUAAAUAUUUCACAAAGCAUUAUGCAUUUUCAAAUGCAUAGGCAUAUUUUGCAGAAAGCAUUUGUAUAUGUCCACAAAUAGAAUUAUGUUACUAGUAUCAAAUUUAGAGUAGGCAUAAAAUUAUUUUUCAAUUAAAAAUGUGGCAUACAUGUAAAACAUACCUAAUUCUAGUAUUUAGAACUUUCUCUUCUAUCUCUUUAGGUUCAGAAUGUUAAAUUUCUUUAUUACACCAAUGCUUUGUUGUAAGAUAACAUCUCACAGUUACAAUGGCUUUUAAAGGAUUAUUUUUCUUUUUGGGGAAAAAAAAAAACAGUGAGAGGGUUAAUUCAAUACAUGGCUGAAAUUACCAAAUGCACAAAUACCUCAAUUUCACUACUAUACAAAAAAAGUAUUUUGAUUAAUCAAUUCCUUAGUAUGAAUACCCACCUCCUUUAAAUACUCUAUUUUUAUAUAUAUUUUUAUAUGAAGAUAAACAUGAAUUUAUAUUUAACUAUCUUAAAUUAUAUUUACAUAAAUGCAAAUAUCACUUGAUAUAAACAAUACAGAUCUGCAUCUUACAGAUGAUAGAUUUUUAAAAGAAUGGUACAGAAUUCACUUUAAAUAUGAAAGCUUUUUCUAGCAUCUACACUUUAAUGCAAGCAUCAUUUUUAGGUUUCCGGUGAUUUUUUUUUUUAAUUAUAUAAAACACUGCCAAUUUAUACAGCCUCUCCAUCAUGUUUUAACUUAUUAUAUGCUCUAUAACAGUAUUACAGUCAGUGGGUAUUUCUCGUAAUUUACUUUCAACCUAACUGUAAUAACCAUCCGACUGAGGUUAAUCUGGCAUUUACCUCUUCAAUGUUGAAGUAAUAGUGGGUUUUAGAAAUAAUUGUAAUAAUGUCAUUAAUAAAUGUCUUACUGGUAAUAGUCUGUGUUCA